GUCCCUGCGUCGUCCGCUCGAGACUCCGGUGCGAUCAUUAAAAAAAAAAAAUCUCACGAUUCUUCUUUUUCAUCGAUUUAAGAAAAGAAAUCGAUCACAGCAGUAAGGCAUGGAUGAUUCUGAUGGGUGGGUUGGUUCCUGGAGGCCUCACAAGCCAAGAGGACCAAUUGCUGCACUGUACAGCGGCCCUGGGCCUAAGUACGCCCUCCCAGGGGUUACAGGUCAAAAUGACCAUGACCCACGGAAAUGGAAGGCUCCUGCGUACAGUUUUGGAAUACCUUAUAUGUACAACAGAGAAAGUGGCACACCUGGACCCACCUAUCUCAUACCCUCUAAUAUCACUCGAACUGGACGCGAUGGCAACCCUGCAUAUUCAAUAUAUAGUCGACCAAAAGAUGUUAAGCUCUUCCAGAGCCCAGGACCAGGGACCUAUCGCCCAGAAAAAGCAGAGGUGUCAUGCUUUUAUUCCGCCCCCUCAUACUCACUGUCUGCUAGAACCAAUUUGUUCCACAAGGACCAAACCCCAGGGCCUGCUACAUAUACGCUUCCCCCAGUGCUGGGACCAGGUUCAGUGUGUAAAAGAUCUGCUCCAAGCAUCUCUCUCAGUGGCCGGAGCAGAAUUGGCAGCUUCCAUGAAGACCUGAAGAAGACUCCAGGUCCUGCGUCAUACAGAGUUGUUGACCCAGACAUAUACAGAUCAAAAUCCCCGCAGUAUAGCCUUAUAGGACGCAGCAGCUUGCCUGGUGAUGCAGUUCGGAACCCAGGACCUGGAACUUACUAUCCAGAGAAGGUGUCCACCACAAGAUACAAAGCUCCCAGCUUUUCCUUUGGCAUCCGUCACUCUGACUACAUUGCCCCACUGAUUUUGGACGACGACAGUGAUUAACCAUCACCGCAAUCUUGUCUUUUUAUAAAGACUAUCGAACA